AUGUCUACCUUAUCACUUGCUGGUAAAGUGGCUAUUGUAACGGGCUCGUCCCGCGGUAUUGGAGCUGCUACUGCCCUUGAGCUGGGCAAACGUGGAGCAAAGGUUGUGAUCACGUUUGUCAGGCCUAGCAGUGAGAAGCUAGCCGAUGACCUCGUCGCCAAGAUCAAAGGCUUCAACAACGGUGCCGAUGCGAUCAAGGUCCAGGCGGACAUGGCUUCUUUGGACAGCCCCCGAGUCAUUGUGGACCAGACCGUCGCCGCGUUCGGAAGCUCCAUCGACAUUCUCGUCAACAAUGCCGGCGUGGAGAUCAUGAAGCCUCUCGCCAACGCCACCUUGGAAGACUACGACAAGAUCAUGAAUGUCAACGUUCGAGGGACGAUAUUUUUGACACGGGCUGUCAUCCCUCAUCUGCGGGCUCCGGGACGCAUCAUCAAUAUCGGCUCGAUAGUCGGGAGGAUCGGGUUCCCGGCCACAACCGUCUACACGGCCAGCAAGGGUGCACUGGAUGCAAUGACGCGUUGUUGGGCAGCGGAGUUUGGAGCUUUCGGCCACACGGUCAACAGUGUCAAUCCCGGCCCGACCGAAACGGAUAUGUUUGAUGACAUUGUGACGAAUGCCGGUGAGGGAGGAUCACGGGUGGUAGAAUUUCAGAAGUCGGUGACCCCUCUGGAGCACAGACUCGCGACGGCGGAAGAUAUCGCGCUUACCAUCGCCAUGGUGGCAGAGCCUUCUUGCAGAUGGAUUACAGGACAGUGUAUCCAGGCAUCAGGUGGUAUGCAUAUGAACUGA